AUGUUAAAUAAUAUAGAAUUUACCCGUUUUUCAUUUAUAUUACGAUUACUUGUUCAACUCGCACAAGUCCAUGUUAUAUGUUUAUUUGAAGUACAUCAACAUAUUUCAAAUGUUAUUGAAAAUUUAUCAUCUGAUCAAGAUUAUAUAGAUUCACUUGAUAAAAAACAUAUUUUUCAAUAUUUACUUAAUGUUAGUUGUGCGAUAGAGACACAAUCAUCAUUAUCGAAACUAGAAUUAAUUACUGAAAAAGAUAUGGACAAAGAAUUUGAUAAUGAACUUUAUUAUAUUAGAAAGAACUCAGUUCUAUUUCUUAAAAGAAAUUAUUUUCUUAAUGAAUUUCGAACAUUUUUUAGUAAUCCUAUCUGA